ACAGCGGGCAUUGGGUCAUCUGGCAUCAGGUCAUCUGGCUCGACAGUGGGCAUCGGGCCGGGUAGGAACAUCAGGCUGGGUAGAACCAUCAGGCUGGGUAGAACCAUCAGGCCGGGCAGAACCAUCAGGUCGGGCAGAACCAUCAGGCCGGGUAGCGUACACUGGGUCAUCAGGCAUCAGGGUAUCAGGCUGACCCAUAGAAGGCGGGUUCUCAGACAGCAGACUGACCAGUUUGGAUACUGGCAGGAUGGUACUGGUUGGAAAGAAUUUUCGCCUUUUCCUGGUUUUAGUUACUGGAGCACUGUAAGUAAGUGCAGGUUUGUAAAC